AGUUUCAAGAAAGCGGCAUGGAGCACAUCUCCAUGUGUCAAUGCGGCAACACGAUGACACACUAGUUAGCCCGUUAAGAAGAAGUUGGAUUAAGUAACAAGAAUUCUGAAAUAUUCGAAAAUACCUGGUUUAGAAGAACCGUUCAGUUGCGCAAUUGCAGUUGUUUUGUAAUUAGUGUUUCUCGACGUGCGCGUUCUCCUCUGGAUUAUUUUAAGUAUUGGGAGCUGAUCUACAUUUGGAAUCAACGACACUGAAGAAACGUUUGACUCUUCUAUGUGGAUUGUUUUCCUUUGGGAUCCAAAUAAAUGAUGCAUCCCCCCUCAGUGAAUGACGCCCCGAGUAUAACAGGCCCAUGAUGUUAUCUGUACAGCACUGCAACUCCUCCGGCUGUGCGCCUCUCCAUCCCCUCACCAACCAAAGCCAGCAGGAGGAGGUGGUGGCCAUGGCCUCCCUCGGCCAUCUCGGGAACCUCUCUCUGGACAAGCCGCCCGCCAGUGGCAUCAUAGUCGCUGGCCUCUCCAUGACCCUUGGUGUCCUGUCCAACAUCGUGGCCCUGAUCAUCCUCGCCAACGCCACCAAACACGUCCGCAGGCGCUCCAAAGCCACCUUCCUGCUGUUUGCCACUUCCCUGGUGGCCACGGACUUCGCCGGCCACAUCAUCCCUGGCGCCUUGGUCUUGAGACUCUACCUGUCCGAAGGGACGUCUCCGCAGGACUACGACUCGGCGGACCCUCUGUGCCAGUUCUUGGGCGGGAGCAUGGUGUUCUUCGGCCUGUGCCCACUCUUCCUGGGUUGCGCCAUGGCAGCCGAGCGCUGCCUGGGGGUCACCCAGCCGCUGCUGCAUGCCUCUCUGGUCACCACCACGCGCACCAAGGUGUCCCUGUCAGUCAUCUGGCUGGCAGCAUUAUGCGUGGCUCUGCUGCCCUGCUUCCAGCUGGGCUCUUACACCUAUCAACACCCGGGAACCUGGUGCUUCAUCAAUGUGCUAGAGGACACUGAACAGGCCGAUGUGGCAUUUGUCAUGCUCUUUUCAGGGCUCGGACUGGCGUCGCUGGCUGUUGCGUUUGUGUGCAACACCAUCAGUGGGCUCACGUUGGUACGGGCCCGCAUGAGGAGGAAGACCUACAAGCACCGCUCGGCCAAGUCGCACGACAUUGAGAUGGUGGUGCAACUGGUGGGGAUCAUGGUGACAUCGUGUAUCUGUUGGAGCCCUCUGCUGAUCUUAGGUCUCAUCACGGUGACUCGGUCUUACGGCGAUAUGAUCGGAGAAGACCUGUCCACCUACAGGACUUUAAUGAUCAUGGGUGUCCGCCUGGCCUCCUGGAACCAGAUCCUGGACCCCUGGGUGUACAUCCUCCUCCGUCGGGCAGUCCUCAGGAAGAUUUACAUCAUCACAAAGCGCCAGGCCGACCUGAAGGCCAGCACACUCCGCCGCUGGGAGAUCGGCUCCUUCCCGAGCUCGGAGAAGAACGUUGUCAACAAGGUCUGAGACUGCUGGGAAAACAUUUGCUCUGAUGCCUGGUGUCUCCGCGGGAAUACACAUGUGCUCCAUGCAUUUUGUGAGGAAUAGUAAAAUAACAGAGCUGACUUGUUAAGAACUGACUAAAGUAUAACAAAGUUAACGCUGCUCAAGCACAGUAUCAGUUGUAGUUUACUAUGUACAGAAAUAAUCUGAGUAAGGCAUUUCUACAUACUAAGCUUUUCGAGUCCUCCAUUCUCCUCUGUACCACCUCCUUAACACAAGUAAUCACUGGUUCAUCAUUCUAAACGACAGAGGGAGACUGACUGAACUGUGCAGUCCUUUAUUUGUUUCAUGCAGUUUUGCACAGUAAUCAGAAUCUGCAAGAAUCUGUAAUCAGUCAGUACAGGGAUCAUGCCAUAGUAAGCAUUACUGACACUAUAUCACUUUUAGGACAGUGCAUCUAGGCUGCAAUUCACACAUUGAAUGGAAACUAGAUUAUCUGUAGCACACAAGUUUUUGGACAUCUGCCAGGACCUUGUCAGUAAAAGGAUUUUGAAUGUAGAGAUGGAUAUGGUCUUCUCAUGCUCCUGAGCCAAGUGUAUGACAGGUUGUCCUGUCAGUCAACAGAAAGGUCAAAGGUCAUGAGAUUAGCAUUAUGUAAUUGCACAGCAUCCAUUUUAAAUGACUGGAUAAUCAUCAUCAUAAAAUUCAAUUAUGAAUGUUGCUUCAAGUUUUUUUGGAGAGUAGACUUCAAUGAUAAUGUCAUUGAAAUUAUACAUGUUUGUUAGCAGCUUGAGCUGUGUGUAUUGUGAGCAGUAUUUUAUUAAGGACAAUAGGAAACUGUUUUGUAUUGUCUUUUGCUUAUACAUGUGUAUAAGUUUCUGAAUGUACAUUAAUAUGUAUGUAAGAAUGUAUGAACCCAUUGCAUAUUUAUUGCCUGUUUUAUCUCCUCAA